CACUGUCACUUCAGUGUUGAUCUUGAGCUCUUCCGACCUCCACUCUCCGCAUCCCUCAUCCCGCCUUUCUUGACUAGCACCAGUUGCCUCCAGCAAACCGUCACACCUGUUUCAUCGACACAAUGUCGUCUUACUCUGAAGAUGACGAGCACGACCCUCAGGCGGACGAGCUCCGAGAAACCGCUCUGGUCACCCUGGAGACGCUGAUCAGCUCUUGUAGCUCUCAGAUGCAGCCAUACAUGUCGAACACCAUCAAGUCGGCUCUUCGAUACCUUAAAUACGAUCCAAAUGUCGCCGAGGCAGAAGAGGACGAGGAAAUGGGCGGCACGCAAGAUGAUGGCUCCGAAGAUGACGUAACGGAGGAGCCGGAUCUGGACGAUGAUGAGUUUGAGGAUUUUGAGGAAGAAGGAGGCUACAGUGAUAUUGAAGAUAUGAGCUGGAAGGUCCGCCGGUGUGCAGCGAAGCUGCUCUAUUCUGUUAUUACCACCUAUGCUCGUGGCCGUUCCUUGGACGAUGCAUCGUUGUUUCAGCAAAUCUCCCCCGCCCUCAUCGCUCGAUUCAACAAAGAAAGGGAGGAAAGCGUCAAGCUCGAGGUCGUUUCUACCAUGACUGCUCUGGUCAAGAAAACUGGUGAAGGUGCGAUGAUAAUUACAUCCAACGGAUUCCUCGAAGCAGUGGGUGGUUCAAAGAACUCUAGGAAGAGGAGACGCCAGGACAGCGAUGCCAGCAUGAUCGACUUUGAGCCUAGCAUUGGAACCUCUUCUGCGAUUAGCACCCCAGUCGUUGCUCCUUCGUCGCCAAAAUCGGGCCCACAGGCAGAACUGGCUCGCUCCGUGCCGACCAUCGUGCAGAGCGUUGCCAAAAUGUGGAAGCAAGCUUCUGUACCCCUGAAGCAAGCUAUCAUUGUUCUACUCAAAAGCCUCGCACUCGUUCGCUAUGGUGGUCUCGCGGACCACCUCCAACAGAUCGAAGACCCUAUAGCUGAUGUUUUGAAGUCCUCUUCCCUCUCAGGCAGCUCAUCCGCACCGGUCGGGGCUUCGGCUAGUGCAGGCACCCUCCAGACCGAAACACUUGGUCUUAUUGCGGCGAUUGCUGAGACGCACGCGUCUGAUGCUCUGUUGCCCUUCCUCAUCGCCCUAAUCCCAGGCGUUAUCGGUGCUGUCAAUGACAGAAACUACAAAGUCAGCAGUGAAGCACUUGGUGCGGUCGAGCAAAUUGUGAAAGCACUUACGCCGCCUCGAGUCCCUAAUGCUUCCCAAGAUCUUACAUCACAAUUGGAGAAACUGUAUGAUGUUGUUCACACUCGCAUUACUGAUACGAGUGCCGAUCUUGAAGUUCGCCAGAGGGCUAUCCAUGUCUUCGGUGUGCUCCUAGCACGGACGUCUGGGGACAAGGGUUCAUCUUUCCUCUCCCCUGAUCGACGCUCCAAAGGUCUUUCUGUCUUGGUAGAUCGUCUGAGGAACGAGACUACCCGGCUUGCGGCUGUCCGGGCCGUUGACGAUGUUGCUGUCCUCUGCAGUCGUGAUGUGGAUGUUCCACCCACAUGGGUUAGCGAAGUCACUACAGAGUUAGGCGCACAGCUACGGAAGUCAGACCGUGUCCUCCGAGGUGCCAGCCUGGAGGCUCUCCGCAGUUUGGCCAUGAACCCUUACACCAGAAAUCAUUACGACGAUAAGUCCAUGAAGGACUUGGAGGAUUCUCUUCUGCCACUCAUCAGUGCAGAGGAUUUCCAUUUCCUCGCCCCAUCACUUAUCAUUCUGGCGAAGCUUGUUCCCGGAAACUCUCAGCUUCUUGUGAACGAGAAUUUGAUUUCUGCGCUCUGUUCGGUCGUUCUCUCUUCCCUCGUUGGAACUGUCCUCAAGGCCCUGCUCCUGCUGGUCAAGGUUAUUGGAGAAGAGGGUGCCGGGGCAGCAUUGAUGAAGAAGCUCUUACAAGAUGUUGGGAUCAGCGGCGACACGUCUGUGGUUGGUAGAGCUAUCGGGACUCUUCUAGUGCACGGUGGGUCUAAGCUAGGGGUUAAAAUGGAGGAUUUCAUGACAGAGCUACAGACUGCACAAGAUGCUCAGCGUAAAUGCCUUGCACUUGCAAUUUUGGGAGAGAUCGGUCUUCGCAUGGGCUCCGGUUGCUCACUCACCCCGGAGCUUUUCAUCACUCACUUCAACUCGCGGUCAGAUAAAGUCCGACUGGCUGCGGCCACUGCUCUCGGGAACGCCGCGGCAGGAAAUGUCAAAUCAUAUUUGCCUAUUAUCCUGGGAGGGCUGGAAAAGGCCAACCCGGGAAGCUACCUGCUUCUUCAUUCCGUGAAAGAGCUGCUCCAGCAUCCCGAGAUUGUUCGACCAGAUGUAGCUCCGUCAGCUGUCAAACUGUGGCAGGCACUUCUGGUCGUGUCGGAAGAGGAGGACAACCGAGCCGUUGGUGCCGAAUGUGUUGGUCGACUUGCUCUGAUUGAUCCGGUCGCGUACAUUCCUCAUUUCCAGGAUUAUCUCUCCAGCUCCGACCCCAGUGUCCGCGGUGUCGUCAUUUCUGCUUUCCGCUAUACCCUCUCGGAUCCCCGAGACACGUACAAUGAUGUCCUGAGACCAGUUAUCGUCCCUCUGCUGGUCAACAUGCUGAGUGACCGCGACCUGGGCAAUCACCGCCUCGCUCUGACCACUCUAAACUCAGCCAUCCACAACAAGAUGGACAUUCUUCUGCCUCACCUCAAUGAACUCCUCCCCGCCGUCUUCGGGGACACCAAGGUCAAGCCUGAGCUUAUUCGCGAAGUUCAAAUGGGACCCUUCAAGCACCGCGUCGACGACGGCCUUGAACUACGCAAGAGCGCCUACGAGACCCUCUACGCGUCCCUAGACUCGGCAUUUUCCCUCAACCAUAUCGGCGAAUUCUUCAACCGCAUUCUAUCCGGAAUUGACGACGAGCAAGAUAUUCGCACCAUCUGCAAUCUCAUGACCUCCAAACUCAUUCAUCUUGCCUCCGAAGAAACACAGCGCCACCUUGACGCGCUCUCGGAACGCUAUACCGCCAUUCUAUCCUUCAAGCCCAAGGAAAAUGCCGUGAAACAAGAACUGGAGAAGGCGCAGGAGGCUUCGCUGGGCGUUCUCAAGAUCAGUCGCGAACUAAGCAAGGCGUUCCCGAAUGCUGAGGUUGCCGGUGAUCAUCACAAAUGGAAGGCCUACAUGGAGUGGAUUCGCAAGACCUUUGCGGCUCAACUCAAGACUCUCGAGAUGGAGGCUUAGAUUGUUUGCUUGUCAUGACGGGUCACUAACUAGCCUACCUGGAUUUAGGAAGGGUCUAUAGCAACUGGAAAACAUUAAUGCAUAGCAUGGCCUUUCUUGAAUUAAUAAUGGAUGGAUGAAUUAUGUCAUUAUACUACAGGCCCU